GAAGAGAAAAUGAUGACAUUUUAAGUCUGGUGUUCCCACACAAUCAAUUCAUCGCCCAAUAAUCCAUUUUCUCCUCUGCAACUAUUCAUGUCUUCUGCCUCUUUCACCAGCCUCCUCACCUCCGACCACCACUCCACCACCACCUCCUCCACCGUGAGCAGAGGCCUCGGUGAUCGGAUAGCUGAGAGGACUGGCUCUGGUGUUCCCAAAUUCAAGUCCCUGCCGCCGCCUUCGCUGCCGAUAACUCCCCUCUCCGCCGCCUCGCCUUCUUCCUGGUUCGCUAUUCCACCGGGCCUCAGCCCCGCCGAGCUUCUCGAUUCUCCGAUUCUUCUUCCCGCUUCCAAUAUUUUGCCGUCUCCGACCACCGGGACUUUUCCGAUUCAGGAUUUCGGUUGGAAGAGUAGUUCCAAUAGAAACGACAUCAAGCUCGAACACAACAACUUCUCAGAAUUCUCUUUCCAAACCCAAACGCCUUUGCCGUCUUAUAAUUUGGGAGAAGAGAGAUGGAAUUACCAGCAAUCCGCCAAUCCAAACGAUCAAGACAAACCAGGCGCGAAAUCGGAAAUCGAUCAAACGCCGAGCUACUCGCCAGAAAUGGCUGCGAUCCAAGGAAACGAUCAAAGCGCGCAAAUAGAAUACAAUCAGAAUAAAUCAUGGUCUCAGAAUCGGAAGUCGGAUGAUGGCUACAACUGGAGGAAAUACGGGCAGAAGCAGGUGAAGGGGAGCGAAAAUCCGAGAAGCUAUUACAAGUGCACCUUCGCGAAUUGCUCGAUGAAGAAGAAAGUGGAAACGGAUUUAGACGGACGGAUCACUGAGAUCGUCUACAAAGGCAAUCACAACCAUCCCAAGCCUCAGCCCACUCGAAGAUCGUCGCUGUCUUCUUCAUCCGUACACCCCAAGUCCUACUCUGCACAAAUCUCCGAGCAAUCGUACGGCCAGGAGAGGAUCGAUUCUUCCGUCGCAACUCCCGACAACUCGACGAUUUCGAUUGGGGAUGAUGAGCUGGAGCAGAGCUCGCACAAGAGUAGGUCCGGUGGAGAUGAGAUCGACGAUGAAGAGCCUCGUACCAAGAGAUGGAAAUGCGAGAGUGAGAGCGAAUGCGUUUCUGCAGUUGGAAGCAAGGCUGUGAGAGAACCCAGAGUGGUAGUUCAAACGACUAGCGACAUUGAUAUUCUCGACGAUGGCUACCGAUGGAGAAAGUAUGGCCAGAAAGUGGUGAAGGGGAAUCCAAAUCCUAGGAGCUACUACAAGUGCACGACUCCAGAGUGCGCGGUGAGGAAGCAUGUGGAGCGGGCAUCUCAGGAUCCCCGGUCGGUGAUAACAACGUACGAAGGGAAGCACAACCACGACAUCCCUGCUGCUCGUGGUAGUGGUAGUGGUAAUGGUAAUGGCAGGCCGACCCCAUUGCCAAAUAAGCCCAUGAUCGAUGGCUAUGACAUGGGAAGCUAUGGCUACUCGAGUUUUGGAACCUACGACAACACUACACCGUUUUCAAGAGCCAAAGAUGAGCCUAAAGAUGACUUGUUUCUCGAUUCAUUGUUGUGCUGAAUUGAGAUCAGAUCAGUGUUUGUUGUUGUCUGCAGAAGAAAAGUAUUGAACUGAUGGCCUUACACAAUUUGGGUUUUGAGAGGGUGUCUGCUUUAUUAGGUGUAGGUUUCGAAUUGUUGAUUGUUCAUUUUUUGGGUUCUUGAUAUUUGUUUGUAAUGCACAUACAUAUUAUUUAUUUCUUGUACAUCCCGAGAGAUAUAGUAUUACUCCGCAAUUUUCACAAGGAUUUCAUUUUUAA